AUGCCUCAUUUUGUUCUCACUAACUUAGCCGUCGCAACUGAGAAUCAGGAGGUGGCUGGAGAUGGGGUGAUGAAGCCCAAAAUCCAAGAGAAAGCUUUCCUGAAAGCCCUGGGGUUGUCGAGCAGACCCCAGCCCUCCAACCCUAGGCCUGUCCCAUCAGAACUCUGGAGGAUCUUCCAGAGAGAGUGGGCAGAGAGUGGGGCUGGGGCUGGGCUGUGUCGGGUCAGUGAGUACGGUGUGGAGGGCAACAUCAUAAGAGUUCUUCCGAACCUGGGUGACUGUGUCCCUGGGCCUGAGCUGGAGCCUACACCCCCUGUGUGUGUUGACGAGUGGUUGUACUUUAACCUGUCGGUGCUGGAGGAGGUGGAGGAGUUGACCCUGGCUCAGCUGGAAUUGCGAUUCCAGCACCAUAGCUACCCUGCACCAGGAUCCAAGGGGGCCUCCUACACGCUGAGCAUCCACAAAGUGUUGGGGACCGGAUUGCGGGGCAUGGAACUCAGCCGCAAGCUCCUCAUCUCCCAGUCCUUCCAGCCCGUCCACCUGGCCCUGCUCUUCAAUCUGACUGAGGCGGCUGCCUCCUGGAGAGGGGGGGGCAGAAACUUGGGCCUGACCUUGCAGCUCGGGGCGUGGGUUAGGGUUGGGGCUGCGGUUGAUGUGGGUGGGGGGCGCUGCGCUGAGCUGGCUCAGGGGCUAAAGGUGACUCUGGUGGUAGUAACCCUGAACAGGCAGCAGUGCCGGGCAUCCAGACGCAGGAGAAGUGUCUUUUCUCUGCCCGCAGUUUUCAGCCACGUGUGCCAGCGGAGGAGGCUAUACCUGCAGUUCCGGGACGUGGGCUGGCAGCACUGGGUCAUUGCCCCCCAGGGGUACAUGGCCAACUACUGCUACGGGGAAUGCCCCUUCCCCCUGAGCGACCGGCUGAACGGCACCAACCACGCCAUCCUGCAGACCCUGGUCCACUCCAACCACCCGACAGACACUCCCCAGCCCUGCUGUGUGCCCAUCAGACUCUCCCCCAUCUCCAUGCUUUACUAUGAUAACAACGACAAUGUGGUCCUCAGACAUUAUGACGACAUGGUGGUGGAUGAGUGUGGCUGCCGGUGA